AGAGAGAGAGAUAAAGACAGAGGAUAGAGGGAUAAAGGCUGAUAAGGCUGCACCAGACAGCUGGCUGCAGUAGAGAGAAAGAGAGAAGAGUGAGUGGAGCUGUAUCCUCUCUGUGAUUCUGCUGCAGCUUCUCUCUGUCACUGACUGACUGAUCCAACACAGAUGAUGUCAUCAGAUCACCUGACCUGUGGUUGGCUGCAGCAGCUACUCCUUGUACUUCUGAAGCUUUGCCUUGCUUUUGCUGGGCCUUUGCGACCACUCAAUGGGACCGAAUGCACAGCCAAGGGUCCUGCUUCCUACAUCCUGGUCUUUACAGGUCACUGGAGCCCGCAGGCCUUCCCCAAGCAGUAUCCCCUGUUCCGCCCCCCUGCACAGUGGUCCAAACUCUUAGCGGUCAGCCAUAAUCGCCAUUUUCGGCUGUGGGAGGAGGGUGCUCAUGCCAGUGCAGGGGUGCAGAGCUUUGCUGAAGUCGGGGUGACGGUGGAGCUGAUGAAGACGGCCAAAGAGGCCAGGAAGAGACGCACGGUCGGUGCCAUGUACCGAACAGCCGGCAUCCCUAACGGCAUCGGGCACAGCUCCACGGAGUUGCUCAUUCAGCCCCGAAGCUCGCUGAUGUCCCUGAUGGUGAAGAUGAUCCCCAGCCCAGACUGGUUUGUCGGUGUGGACAGCCUAAACCUUUGUGAGGGCAGCCAGUGGAAACAGGAAGUGACCAUUGACCUCCAGCCUUAUGAUGCAGGGACAGACAGUGGAUUCACUUUCUCCUCUCCCAACUUCCCCACCAGCCCUCCAGAAAACAUCACAAAGAUCACAUCCCAGAUGCCGAACCACCCAGCCAACUCCUUCUACUAUCCACGCUUACAGGAUCUUCCACCAAUCGCCAGCAUAAAGAUCACUCGACAGAGCAGAUCACCUGACCGUCAAACCCCAAUGUCCAAUCAUAUUCUGCCUAACUCCAUCAGUCCCCAGCGCUUCUCAGUGACACCACUGGACUGUGAAGUGUCUCUCUGGUCAUCCUGGGGUUUAUGUCUGGGUCCCUGUUCCAGAGGUGGCGUUCGCCACCGCACACGUUACAUCCUUUUACGGCCGGCUAAUGCUGGCACCCCCUGCCCCGAGCUGGAGGAACAGGCUGAAUGUGUACCACACAGCUGUAUGAAACUCCAGUAACCCACAGAGCGAGCACACACACACACACACACACACACACACACACACACCACACACACACACACACACACACACACACACACACACAGAUACUGCCAGUAUUCAACACUGGGACUCUCAUGUUAUUACUGCUGGACUGAGAAAAUCUUGCUGCAUCUUGAGCAUCUCCUUGAUAAUGCAAAGGAUUGUUUUGUCUUUGUCACAGCCAAAUUGUGGGAAAUUUAAGACUUGCUGCAUUAUCUGUGCAGCCCAUUAGUUUUAGAGCAUACACUCAUCCGGGUGUAUUUUAAUGAAAAUAAAGAGAAACUGAAGUCUGAUUGUAGCAGAGUGUAGGAGAGGUAUUAGGGUUUGAGAUAACACUAUAAAUGCUAAGUAGUGCUAAAGUGAUUUUUAUAAAUUGCCAUGGAUGCUGAGUAGAAAAACUGAGAGGAAGAGGCAUGAACGUGUGUCCCCUCAAAGGCUUGUGCGAGACCUGUCACGGUUUGAUCAUUACCAACAACAUGUGUAUUUAAAGUGUAAGCUGAUGGUGGCAUACCAGAGUCACAAAUGUACAACUUUAACACGCACGCACUCUUACAUUUAUCCGUACGUGUGCACAGAGAACUCUCUACACAACUUUUCUUGCACGUACUGCAUAUUUUUUACAGGCAGGGAGACAUUAGUUUACAAAGGUAACCUAUACAUGCUUGGCACAUGCAAUUCUUCGAUUUAUAAAUAUCACCUUUGACAAGAGAAACCUAAUAGCUGACUUGAAGCAUAAAGCCAGUCUGAAGACGCUGGCCUAUUUUGUAACAAGAUGCAGGUUUUUAUAAAAAGAAAGAUAAAUAUAUGUUUUAUUAUCUCUUUUGAUAUUUUAAUGUUGAGAUUUUGUAUAUACUGUAUGAUGUAUCUUGUAUAACUCGUGAAUAAAUAUGGUGGUGUUUUUCAA